UGAUAGCGGGUCGCAUCUUGUCUUACUGGGCUGGUCUAAGUGUGGAAUGAAAUAUAAGCCUACUUAUCGAAAAAAAAUGACAUUUCUUAAUUUCAUGGGAAUACUGCACACCUCAAAACAACUUCUGUUCGGCGUGUCAAAAGCGCAUUGAAGCUCCCUGCCAGUGGAUUAUUCAACAAGCUGUCUGAAUGGAAACCAUGUCGCCGCAGCAGCAAGAGAGUAUCAAUCCAAGCCGAUGCCCAUCACUGACAGGGGAACCAAAAAUGUGUCCUCAGUCAGACAAAAAGAGGAUGAAGUCUAUGAUGCAUCGCAGGCAGUCCGCUCCCUCGCUGGUCAUCAGUAAAGCACUUACCCGAUCCAGAACCCUGUCCAGGGAGAACUGCCUGAUGCCAGUGAGUCCAGAAACAUGCCUGCUGGUGCAGUCCUACCUGAUACCCUCACGCCACUUUGUUGCUCAUGCCUACGCUCAGCUCAAGACUGGCCUGCAGACACAAGAGAGGCACCUCUUCCUCUUCAACGACAUCCUCCUCAUCACCAAGGCAAAAUCAGCCACCCACUUUAAGAUGAAGGCACAGGCCUACGUGUCUCAGAUGUGGAUCGCCAACUGCAUGGACGAGGUGUGUGAGGGCAGCACCAGCCAGGAGAGGAGCUUCGUCAUGGGCUGGCCCACCUGCAACUCUGGGGUCACCUUCAGCACUGUGGAACAGAAAGAGAAGUGGUUGUCUCUUAUUAAAAGUCAAAUGCGAGAAGAGAAAGAGAAGGAUGACCCAAAAACCAUCCCCCUGAAAGUGUUUGCAAAAGACAUCGGGAACUGUGCAUAUGCUAAAACCUUAGCUGUUAGCAACUCCGACAGUGCCAGUGAGGUCAUCCGAUUGGCCCUGCAGCAGUUUGGCAUUGUGGGUAGUGUGAAGGAUUAUCAACUGUGGGUGAGCUCUAAGAGGGAUAAUGCCCCCUAUCCUCUCAUUGGUCAUGAGUUCCCUUUUAGCAUCCAGAUGAGUCAUCUCCAAAAACCGUCAGCCUGUUUGGGCGACCCCAAAGAUGCCAGUACACACCCUGACACACAGGUUGAACUGCUCCUAGAUCAGCUCCAGAGUGAUAACCAGUGCCAAUUCAUCCUCAAGCCAAGUCGUGUUGUCAUGGGACAGUCUUUCAUGGCGGAGCCUGGUCAGAAACCCUACAAGAGGAGACGUUCCCUCAUCAGCUGGGCUUUUUGGAGAGGAUCUACCAAUCAGCUAGAUGACCCACCCCUAACCCCACUCUUCUCAGCACCUGGUCAGCUUUUUGGUCUGCCACUCAAUGCAGUGUGCCAGGAUGCUGCUUUGCCAAGGCCAAUUAUGGACAUCCUGGUGUUCUUGUACCAGGAGGCUCCAUUCACCAGAGGGAUCUUCCGGCGCUCAGCUGGAGCCAAAGCAUGCCGGGACCUGAGGGAUCGGCUGGACUCUGGCUCCCCAGACGUCUCCCUGGUGCACGAGUCCAUCUUUGUCAUCGCUGCGGUCCUGAAGGACUUCCUGCGGAACAUUCCAGGCAGCCUGCUGUCGACUGAUCUGUACGAGCUAUGGAUGGGUGCCAUGGAUGGACCCACAGAGGGGGAGGAGAGUCAGUUGGACUGCAUUCAGAGGUUGGUGGGCCGCCUGCCCAGCGAAAACUCACUGCUGCUGAGUCAUGUGCUUGCGGUGCUGCACCGAGUCCACCUUCAUUCCCAUGACAACCAGAUGAACGCCUUCAACCUGGCCGUCUGUAUCACUCCCAGCAUGCUCUCUGGUCCUGCUUUCAGCAGCCCUGAGCUGGAAGGCGAUGGAGCCAAGAAGGCUUGUGAGUUGGUGCGACUGAUGAUAGAGAAUUGCAACGUCGUGAUGAGAGAGGAUGUCAUGUCACUAUUCAGUGGAUUCCCACAGAGAUGCACCAACAACGACCUUGGAUCUGAUGUGUCCUCAUAUCAGAUGACGGAUUCCUCCUAUGACAGUCUGGAAAAUGAACUGGAAAAUGAUGACUUGGGAUCCCCAUUCCCGGCCAUCCAGCGUCCAGCAGCCCAGCCAGACAGCCGGAGCAGGGAUUCUGUCAUCACCCUGAGUGACUGUGACCUGGAUCAGACUGACGCUGACCCCGAGACAUCUUUUUCAAUGAAUCUCCUCCAUCCACCUCCGACCCCUCCCUCAAGGGUGCACCAGGUCUCUCGACCAUCCUCCUCUCGAACCCGGAGCCCUUUGGAAGGACCCAUUCUCCUGCCAGGUUCCUGUCGCUUACGUCGCUGCUCCGAACCCUCGAUACGUAAUUCCACCUCCUCCCUACUCCAGUACCUGGAGCGGCACGUAGACCACAAAAGUAGUUCCAAAGACACUGUAGACAGCGCCCAGGGCAGUGAGGCCAACGAGAUGUUCACAAGACACCUGAGCAUUCUCCGGUUAGACAAGCCAACCACACAGGAAUGUGUGAGUGCCUCACCAGAUUGGCCUGCCGGUAGGGAUACACAGAGGCAGAAGGAGGUGACCAAAAAGCCUCCUCCACUCCAUCUGGACACCAGCUGCUCCAGCCUGUACUCCCCCACCGCCUCCCCCACUCGCUCCUCCAUUAGUUCCCUAGACAGCGCCUUCUCCCAGCACUCUGCCGACUACACCACAACCUGCCCCCCACAAAGGGGCACUUUGAGAAUGUCGGAGAAUGUCUCCCCAAGUUCAGUAGGACAUCUCUCUCCACGCUCCCCAACUCAAGCGUCCCUUUUCUGCCCUGGGCCACUGAUCCAAUCACCCAGAGAGUCCCCAACAAAGGACCCCUUCGAUUGGGGCCACCUGAAGAGCAGUCACGGGCUGCACCCGAACUCCUGGUUCAAGCGGGACCGCCGACUCUCACUCUCUCGUCAGCAUGAGGAUGACAUAGAUUUACAGGAUGGCCCAAUGGACAGCUUGGCUACAGUCAACCAGAGGAGGGAGAGGAGAUCCCAGGAAUCAGCUGAACCAGGUCAGAGAAGGAGAUCCAUCAGCCCACCGUCCUACCAGCAGGCACUGUUCCAGGCUCAGCAUUACAAGAGCAUGUUGUACUCCUCCUCAGACAAGCCACUCACAGUGAGGGAGCUGAGGGAACUCCAUCAGCAGGCUUGCGCUCUUCCAGCAGCUGCCUCUACCAGUGCGCUUCCCACUGCACGCUCAAGGAGGCCAGCCCUGAAGAACCAGGUCUCGGGAGGUGACCACUUGGAUCUUCCUCAGGCAAUGUUCUAUAUUCAGAGUGCUCACAACUUGGCUUUACACCGACGCAAAUCUCACUCGCUCAUCCCUGCUGCGGAGAAGGUUCUUCUCCCCAGCUCUGCCCGCCGUGCCUCUGAGCCAAUCGCAACAAGCUUGGGCCUGGAUCGAGAAUCCACUAUAGGUCUGGAGAGGCUCCAUAGGCAAGCCCUUAGGCAGACAACAGACCAGGACAGUGCAUCCCAAAGUCAUGGCUUGAGGAUAUCUGACGUUGAGCCUAGUGGGGAACACACAGAGCCCAGGUUCUGCCUCUCGCCUGCAGCCACAAAGGCUGUGAGGGACUACUUCUCAUUGCACACUCAAGAAGAUCCUGACAGCUCCUUAAAGAAGAGUCAAGAGGUGGCCCUGGCCAUUGUUCAAGGUAAGAGAGAAUGGAGUCGAAGAUGCAGUGAUCCCAGGCAGGAGGACUUUGAUCAGUUGCUUUUCGCUGAGGAGUCUUAUGUCUGACCAGACCAAAGGCCCAAAGACUUGACUCAUGAGACUGAGCAGAAUAUGGCCUUCUUUUGGUUUGCAAGAACUGCUUACUGAAUCUUGAUUCUUUUUUUUUUUCAUUUUCCCUGCACCUAAAUCUGUGUUGCCACUUUAUAUUCCAGGUUUGGAAAGACAGUGCAUGCUACGUUGCCAGUAACUGCAAUGUUUUAAAGCGAAAGUAAUAAUUUUGUAUAGGAGUUUGCCUUGAACAAACAUCACAUUUAGCGCAGAAAAAGCUUGCUUGCUCACUGAUGUAUUUUGGUGAUAUACUACAUAACUUUUUUUGCUGGGUUUCUGAUCUGGAUCACAAAAAAAUAAAGUUAUUUUUUUAGGUGGCUAGGUGGAACGCCAGUAUCAUUUAUCCUGAUUUUUGAGGAAGAUGAAACUAGUGGCCUACAAACAUGUACCUCAAAAGUGGUAAAACCCCCUGUAUACUGCUACUUAUAGUGCUGUUUAGUCAAAAUCAUAGGCAAUGUUCCUUAUCUUAUGUGGUUAUAUUAGUGAACCUGAGCCCCACUACACUAUGAAUUCAUACAGUAGUUUCCCAUUGAAUCAAUCCAAAUGGUUAAGUCCUUAUAUCCCAUUAUAUACUGGUUCAGUAGAUAAGUAUUGUUGGUACAUUAUGUGUCACUGGUCCUCUCUGAUACCUGCAGAAUUCAGGGCAUGUAGGCAGUAUAGUGCUUCACAUUGCCAUGUUUCAUACUAUAAGCAUUAAUAGAUUGCAGUUAUGUUGACAUUUUCUGCACCUGAAAAUACAUUGCCACUAUGUAUGUAAUUGAGACAAUGUAAUAAUAGUAAAAGCAUAUGAGAAAAACAGCACCUGAGCUGAGACUUUGGAACUAAAUGCCACUGUGUGACACUGGCUCAAAUAUUAGAUGUCUUAAGCAACCUAUGAAUAGCCUCUUAUAAACUUGGCUUGAUUUAACUGAAGAGCUUUCAGAACAGCUUUCAAAAGGAAAUCAGCUUAGGCCACAUAAGUAGAAGAGAUGUAUUACAUGAGUAUGCUAUGUGUAUGUAUUUAUGUAUAUGUAUGCAAGGUUUUUUUGUGAAUAUGUGCUUUCUAGGAUAGACUUAGCAUUUUAUGUACAAAUUCUAAUGCAUAGGUGCAAAUUAGAGUCAGGGUUGUCGGUAAGGUGUAUGUGUACAGUUAUGUACUGUAAGGUUAAAUUCUGCAGUUAAUAUUGUUUAAUGCAGUAUUGUUUCUUCUACCAUGUUAAAAAGUAUUGAUGCUGCCAACUCUUGAGUAUUUUUUUAUAGGUCUGUGAUAAUUACAGCAAACCCAAAAUGAAUUUAUGCGUUAACAGCUCAGUUUAUAUGCUUGAUGUGUUAUUUGUAGCUUUAAGAUUUUUGUACAUGCAAAUAAUGCUGCUGUUUUUUUUUAAGUACAUGCUUUUAAAGCUGAUAAUGUCUAUUUGUUAUGUGUAUAUCAAACUCUUAUUUCAUAUGAAGACAAUUUGUGACCAUUCAAAUGACAUCAUACUUGAUCAUUAUGAUCAUUGCCAUCAGUUGUAAUGUAAGUACUGCAAAUUCGCAUGGUCAGUUUUACAUUAUCUCCUUUCCUAGCAAGUAAAGAAAUAAAGAAUUGAUAAAGAACUGUGAACAAGUUAUGAAGUGCCUUAUUUAAGUACCAUUCCAAUCCAAUCUAGAUAUACUGCAAAGUGGUACAAAAUAUCCUGCACAUUCUCUCUGCAAAAAUAAAUCACGCUUGUC